AUGGCGACGACUUGCUUCUACCAAUCCACCAAUUUGCCCCAGUCUCAGAAUGAACCUUGCUUCCUUUUGGCUGGACCAUUGACCAAAGUGACGAUUUGUAAGGACAAAGAAGGAAAACCUAAGUCUUUUGGAUUUGUCUGCUUUAAGCACAAAGAAUCAGUGCCUUAUGCAAUAGCUUUGCUGAAUGGAAUCCGUUUGUAUGGAAGACCAAUUAAAGUGCAGUAUCGGUUUGGAAGUUCUCACUCAUCAGAACUAAACAGCCCUACACAUGGUUUCGAGAACUAUAUUGACUUAUAUUCAUCUUCAUAUAGGUAUCAUCAAGAGCCUUAUGGAAAUCCUCCAUUUCCUGUUACUCCUUUUCCAAUGACUAACAGUUUACCUCAUGAAUACUCAGGCUUUCAAAAGAUGAAUCAAGCUGCAAACUUUAAGUCUGCACAGAGUUCUUUUGAAUUGGCCCUGCCACGUUCAGGUGACUGUGAAGUGCACCAGGUGGAUGACAGCACCUCUAAAAGAAAGAGAGAACAGCAAAGUUGUGACAGUGACACUAGUAUUGAGGAUGACAAAAUGAGACAAAGAAAGCGUGACCAAAAAUACAAGAAGUGCAAAGCCAAGAAAAAGAUGCAUUAA